CUGGUUUAUCGUUGCUUACAGAUAUAAAUUAAAUAACUUUAUGUAUCCUACCUUUCCAACUUCCCACCUACAAUAAUGGGACGCCCGUCUCCAAUAUCAACUCGUGUUUAUUUAUUACUAUGGAUACCUACAGUUGCCAUGAUGAUAUGACAUGGGCUAUAAAAUAUUUACAAUUGUAAUUUGUACAUUUUAGUCUGUUAACUUCGCUCUAAUCUAAUCAUUUCAAUCGUUCAGCAUGUCAAACAAUAAUUUAGAUUUAGUCUCUUUGGAUUUGUUCAAUGAUCAACUCACCUUGGGUUUAUUAAAUGUUCUCGGUGAGUAUUAUUGUAUAGUAUCCACCUACCUACCUGACUUGGCUAUUAAAUAAGUACAGGUUAUAGUGUUACACAGAUUCACAGCCCCGUUUAACUUGUUUUGGUAGUUCCUGGAAGGGCCGAACGAACUAUGUAUGACGGGCUUGUCCGUUUUACUUCCAAACAUUUCGCCAUGAAUAUUUUGUGCUUUUCAUUAAAUUUAUUAUAUUAUACACGGUCUUCCUAAAUUGGAGAUCUGUAGGGGGGUUUAAACAACGAAUCUAUAGUUAGAUUUACCUGUUUCGUUGUAGGUUUGUCAUUUAAUAUAAUAAAAAAAAAAAAUGUAAAAGUUCAAAAUAUUCGUGGAGAAAUACUUAGCAUCAAAACGUUAAACCGAUCGCGGCAGUGUCCUUACCUAAACGAUUAUAUGAGUACAUACCUUUCAAGUUUGUUCUCUAUUUAAAUAUAUCUUCGUGUAGAUAGGUUAAAACUCUACGGUUUUUGAAUUUUUUUUUUUAAUGUGCAGAAAACACGCCAGGCGUAAGAAACGUAACGGUCAAACCAAGUUUGCCAUGCGACAAAGCUAAAAUAAGUCUAUGGGAGCAACGAAACGCGUGUCUACUGCCGGACGACAUCAGAUCUUUUUACGCAUCGUGUGACGGGUUUAAAUUAACAUGGUCAUACAAAUUAGAAGGUAAGUCUUCGUGAGUAUCUCUGGCAUCGGAAAUACUUUAGUGGUUUUACAUUAACUACGUAGAUACAUAUUCGGUAGAUAAUGAGUAGUGGUAGUUUGUAGUGAUACAAUUUUAAAUUGUAUUUAAUAAAUUUUCUGAAGCAAAUACAAGUAAAAAAAGCUGCCCUAGUUUAAUGAGGACGGGUGCAACCACUGUUGUAGUUGAAAAUGUAAAAGAGGAGAAAUUCAAUGUGCGUACCUAUACCUCUACGCUACGAUUAACCAUUACUAAUGAAAAACGGUUGAUAGUGAUGUUUUGUCAACAAUAUACCUAUAUGUCAUAUUAUGAUAAAAUGCAUAUUUUCUUUAAUAAUAUUUGUUUAAUAUUAUACCUAUUUUCUCGUUUUUUUUACCAUUUAUUAGAAAAAUCAAAAAAUGACCUUAAAGCACCUACCCAGUCCGGAGUUCCUUUCAGAAAAAAUGCUAUCAUUAUAAAUCUGAGCAAAAUUGCUAGUAGAAAAAUUGUCUAUAGAAAAAAAAAAAUAAAUUAUAGUAAAACCAAUACAUUCAUCGCUCCACUCAGAAUCUAAAACAGGCAUGUCAAACUCAAAGUACCAGUGGGCCAAAUAUAUUGAACAAGUUACCAACACGGGCUACACAUUAACAUUUAAUGAAAAUAAAAUAUUUUAACCCAUGAGAAAAUCAAAAAAUGACUUCCCUAAAGUACCACCUUCCCAAAAUUGAAUGAUGCUGUUGAGAAUAUAGAAUACCUAUACAAUUUAUAAAACACUGAUAGCUUUAGGUAAACUACCAAAGUAAUACAAAAAUAAAUACUGCUAAAAUAUUAUAGAAACACCCAAAUACUUCACUAUUGAGUUAGCAUUCCACAAAACCAUACAAUAAUUAUUUACCGCAACCAUGUAUUAUUUAAAAACAUGAUUUAGGCAACCACAACAGUUUGCCCAUCGGCAAUAUCACUGUAAACACACUGUCGGAACUAGUCCGUCUGUGUGACAUCAAAUCAGACUCGGUAAACAUAAAUGUGAUGCGCGACCUACAAAUGCUGGACAAACUGUCAGACAAGAGCACACCUAACUUUGCUGAAAACUCUAAGAUCUUUGAAUUGGAUUCCAGUCUGGAUGUGGGCCAUGUUUGCUUGGUGUACUUGGACGACCAGACAGAAGAGGAGACCUUAUCCUCCUCUACACUAAUCUCAGAUAACAGAAGACAGGAUGCAGAACAAUUGCAUGAAGAGCCCAGCAGGGCUUCUGUCUGGUUGUUGGAUACCUCAUACUGCUGGCACUUUCUCGCACCAAAUUUCAGCAACUAUUUCAGAAAGGCACUGGUGCACAUGGGCUUGCCACACUGGCAGCUCAAGUUCACUGACAUGGGGCUGACAUCAACAAGCGAGGUAAGGAAUUAUGUUUUUAUAAGACAAUAAAAUGGAAAAAAAUAUUUAUGUACAUCACUCUACUGUAUUUUGUAUACCUAUUCAAAUAGUGAAUACUAACUUGAAAUAUUGGUUUAGUAAUUUUUAUCAUAUUUUGGUGUCAAAAAACCCAUUACCUUUGAUUAUAUUAAUUCGUAUUUAAUUUUCAGUUUUUCAUGAAUCUGGUGGCUCCACACCUGAGCAUAACCGAACGUGUUCCAGUAAUUGAACAAUUGGAUGACGAAGAACAAUCUUCCGCAGACACUGUUCAACAAAAUCAAUUUGAUCCGAGCAUUUUUAAAAUGACAUUCAAAACAUCCAAAAGCAAAAAAAUUCUACUAUCGAAGAACACUAAUCUGAAUUAAUUAUAUUGUUGAAAUAAUUAUACUGUAUAUUUUGUUUUAUUUAAAAAAUUUAUUACAUUUAUUCAAAAUUAUAUUUUAAUUAAAUAUCAUCACUGACAUUCCAAUUAUUUAACACACUUUUUCUCUUAGAACUAGAUUUCAAUUUUUUAUUUUGAUCAUUAUUUGUAGACAAUUUUCUUUUAACUUUUUGUUUCAGCUUAGGUACACUAGCGCCCACAAUAAUGUCACUUUUAAUAUCAGCUUCUUCUUCUGAUUCACUUUUAACAUUUUCUGAUUUACUAUAAAAAUU